AUGAUUCGCAAUAAUAAACGAAAAGCAGCAUUACGAAAACGGGGAGCAAGAAAAACUCGAAAUCGUACAGAAGAUACAUGUAAUAAUGGUGGUACUGUUGAUGAUUAUGAUAUAGAAAAAACAAAUGACAAAAAAGGAAGUGUUACUGAUUUUCAAACACAAGAUCAAGGAGCUCCUGAGUUACCACCUAAAGAAAAGAGUACACAAGUAGUAGGUAUAAAAACAGAAAGAACAGUAUUAAAAGAAUUUAUUGCUAAUGUAUCAAAAUAUACAAUACAACAAAUAUUUAAAGAAUAUUCUGAACUCAAAUCUACUGUAUUCGCUGAACAUACAAAAACGGCUUUUGAUUCAAAUAUGAAUAAAAAUAGAUAUAAAGAUAUUGUUUGUUGUGAUCAAACACGAGUUGUAUUGAAUGGUGAAAUUGAUUAUAUACAUGCAAACUAUGUUGGUAAUAAAUUAAUUACUGAAAAAAUAAUUUGUUGCCAAGCUCCUAUGGAUAGUACUGUAAAUGAGUUUUGGAAAAUGAUAGUACAGGACAAAGUUGUUGUAAUAACAAAAUUAUGCCAAAUAAUGGAAAAUAAUAAACCAAGAUGUUUUCAGUAUUGGCCAAUACAAGUAGGCCAAUUAUUACAAUUUGGUAAUGUUACUGUAAAACAUUUAAAUACAGAACAAUCAGAUCCUUCAUAUGCACUUAUUAAACUGCAAGUUAUUGAUGAACAAAACAAAAUUAAUAUGGCAGUAGAGAUUAUAAAUUGGAAUGACUGGCCUGAUCGAUUGGUACCUAAAAACUCUACUGCAAUUUUAAAAUUAUUGAGAAGACUUCAAACGUAUAAAGGUACAAUGAUAAUACAUUGUAGUGCUGGUAUUGGAAGAACAGGAACUGUAGCAGCUCUUCAUAUUAUAAUGUCAAAAAUACUUAACAAACAAUCAUUCUUAGUAUAUGAUCUUGUAAAAAUAUUAAGAUCUCAGCGACCUCAAUCAGUACAAACUGAUAUACAAUACCUUUUUAUUUUUAAAGUAAUUGCUGACUAUUGUGUUUCUAAAAAUAUUAGAACUCCAGAAUUAAACAAAUUCAUACUAGAUUAUGAAGCACAUUUUAAAACUCUCAAUAUGCCUCCAGAAUAA